AUGUUUAAAUCCCAGGAACUCCCUGAUUGUGUCUAUGGACAAAGUCAACCCGUUUUGAUCCGACCCAAAAACCCGACUCCAAGAAAAACUCUCUACCUUUCGAACCUCGACGACCAGAAGUUUUUGAGGUUUACGACUAAAUUUCUUUAUGUUUACAAAAGAUCCGUCGACCCGGAGACUCUAAAGGACGCUUUGUCUAGGGUUCUCAUCGAGUACUAUCCGUUUGCCGGGAGGUUGAAAUCGUGCAUUGAGAAUGAUGAUAGUAAGCUUGAAAUAGACUGCAACGGGCAAGGCGCUGUCUUUGUCGAGGCGAAGAUGGAUAUGUGUGCUGAGGAGUUCGUCGUGUUGUUUGUGGACAAGCCAAACAGGUCCCUAAGAAAGCUCUUGUACAGAGUUGAGGCUUCUUGUUUUUUGGACACUCCACCUCUUGUAGUUCAGGUCACAAAUCUGAAGUGUGGUGGCAUGAUCUUAGGCAUUGCAUUUAACCACUGUUUUUGUGAUGGGAUAGGAGCCUCACAAUUCUUACAUGCCUGGGCCCACUUGUGUCAGUCUAGUGAUGCUAUACUUACACCAAAGCCGUACCACGAUCGCCACGUGUUAAAACCUCGUAAUCCGCCACAUGUAGCUUUCGACCAUCCGGGAUUCGCUAGAACCGCCCCUAAGAAUUCGAAUUUCCAAACCGGCCCCAACAUUUUCAAGUAUUUACAGUCUCAACCGCUUACCCCUGUAUCCAUAACAUUUUCGCCAUCCCAAAUUCUCCAACUGAAAAGACAAUUUUGCCCUUUGAUGAAAUGCUCGACUUUCGAGGUCUUGGCUUCUCACACGUGGCGAUGUUGGGUUAAAUCCUUGGGACUACCCCUUUCCGCUACCGUUAAGCUUCUGUUCUCUGUCAACGUAAGAAAUAAGUUGUCUCCCGAGGUCCCGGAAGGGUAUUAUGGGAAUGCGUUUGUCCUGGCAUGCGCAAAGGCCGAGGUUAAGGAACUCGUCGGGCCCAACUUGCACGACGGUGUAAAGUUAGUGCAACGAGCGAAAUCGACUAUAACAAACGACUCUGUUCGCUCGAUGAUUGAUUUGCUUGAGGACAAAAGCGUGUACACGGACCUAUCGACGACCAUGAUUAUAUCACAGUGGUCGAAAUUGGGCCUUGAGGAGCUGGAUUUUGGACAUGGAAAGGCCCUCCACAUGGGCCCACUAUACAGUGAUGUUUACUGCAUUCUCUUGCCGGUUUUUGGCGAGCGCGAUGCCGUUAAGGUGCUGGUUUCGAUGCCGGAGAAAGUAGCCGAUAAAUUCGAGUCUUACAUGACUGAAUCCCCUGGAGUUGUUGAAAACAGAGAUGUGAGAAUUCAUGUGGGUGAAACGGAGAAUUUUGAAAUAGUUUCUGUCUAA